AUGUCAGCUGGUGCAAAGCAAUAUAAAGCUAUCGGAGACGAUAUAUGGAAACGAACAGAUAAAGUUAAUGCCGAGUUGUUCACGUUGACUUAUGGAGCUUUAGUUGUUCAACUUAUCAAAGAUUAUGAAGAUUAUGGGGAAGUGAACAAACAGCUAGAGAAGAUGGGCUACAACAUGGGUACUAGACUCAUAGAGGAUUUUCUAGCUAGGACAGGACUACAGAGAUGUCAGAGUUUCGCAGAGACCGCAGAAGUGAUUUCGAAGGUAGCAUUCCGCACAUUCUUAGGAAUAUCGCCCACACUUUCUUUCCCACCACCCUCCUCAUCAUCAACGAUUACGAACCCAGCUCAACAAAACAGCAACACGAAUUUACCUCAACCGAAUGAAUUCAUAUUGACGUUUGAUGAGAAUCCAUUGAGUGAAUUCGCUGAAUUACCUAGAGAUGCAAGGGAAGGUGGUUUAUGGUUUAGUAAUGUCCUUUGCGGUGUUAUAAGAGGUUCUCUGGAAAUGAUCCAAAUGCAAGUCGAAACUAGAUUCUUGUCAGAUGUAUUACGUGGUGACGACACCACAGAAAUAUAUGUUAGAUUAAUCAGGUUAUUAGAGGAAGAACAACCUGAGAAUGAUGAGUAG